AUAUUAUACGUAUUUAUUGUAAGAAGGGAAAACAUUAAAACUCUUUUCCAGAAUUUCCUCAAUUGGCUCAAAAUUUUCCAUAAUCGGAGAGUGUUUCCUUGAAGAGAAAUCUCAUCCUGAAGCAGAUCUGAAGACGGUGAAAUUCGCUUUUCAAGAUUCAUCCGCCAUAAUUGCAGGGAAAUUAAAAAGGGUCUUUUUCUUUUUGCUGAGGAAAAAAAUGGCGCAUAGAGUAGAACAGGAUUACGAUUAUUUGUUCAAGAUCGUGUUGAUCGGUGAUUCUGGUGUCGGGAAAUCGAACAUCUUGUCUAGAUUCACUAGAAAUGAGUUCUGCUUGGAGUCCAAGUCCACCAUUGGUGUUGAAUUCGCCACAAGAACUCUUCAGGUUGAAGGAAAGACUGUUAAGGCUCAAAUCUGGGACACUGCAGGUCAAGAGCGGUACAGAGCCAUCACAAGCGCUUAUUACAGAGGCGCAGUAGGUGCACUUCUUGUCUAUGACAUCACAAAAAGACAGACCUUUGACAAUGUCUCGAGGUGGUUACGCGAGCUUAGAGACCAUGCGGAUUCCAACAUUGUGAUCAUGAUGGCUGGGAACAAAUCAGAUCUAAACCACUUGAGAUCAGUUGCUGAGGAAGAUGGUCAGACUCUAGCUGAGGCAGAAGGUCUCUCUUUCUUGGAGACAUCUGCUCUUGAAGCCACCAAUGUCGAGAAAGCAUUUCAAACCGUGUUAACAGAGAUUUACCACAUCAUCAGCAAAAAGGCGUUGGCUGCUCAAGAAGCAGAGGCUGCUAAUUCCGCUAUUCCUGGUCAAGGAACAACGAUUAACGUUGAUGACACAUCUGGAGCCGCCAAAAGAGGUUGCUGCUCUACUUAAUUGAAAAAAAAAAACUUAUAAAAGCUUUUUCCUCCUCUUCAAAGCUUUUCGUUUUCUUUUGCUUAUUCUUCUCUCUUUACUUUUCAAGUUUUGGCUGGUGAUAUAUAACGAUGCAAAACCGUGUAGAA